AUGCAUCAGGCCGAGAGACACGUGCACGAUCUCAAAGCCAAGGCAGCCAGGGUCGACAAGCAGCGGCUAGCUGCGCGCGCUCGGGGCGACGAUGCCAAAGAGGAACAGCUCGCGACCCAGCUGAAGGAACUCAAAGGCGAGGUGACGCAAGCAGAACGCGUGUAUGCGCACCAGUACAAAUCAACCGAGAUGUCGAAGAAUGCGCGUGUGCGUCAGGUGCUUGAAGGAGAGGCGCAGGCGUCGAUCGAGUACCACCACGCCGCGCUUGUCAUUGCGGAGUCGCAACUGCACCUCUCCCGUCUCAUCCCCGACACACCACCGCACCUCACUGCCGCCCACUCAUACGACCAGGGGCCCACGCGAAGUGAUCUGAUUGCGUGUCAAGCGGUGCGCAAAGUCCAUCUUGAAUCGCUCUUUCUCCACGAAGAAGAGACGCCCGAACACACAGGUGACGGUGAUAGCAAGCACUCCACGACACCUGCGGCACAGCCAGAGUCCCAGACACAAACGCCCACCACCACCUCUUCCUCCUCAACUACAGCAACAACAUCAACAACACUGUCAUCCACAUCAUCAUCAUCAUCAUCAUCAACAACAUCACUGUCCACGCUGCGCCGCCAAUCACCGCUGCUGACGUUCAUCCGUCCGUCGUCGUCGUCAUCGCGAAAUCGCUCCCACCCGCUUCCCGUCCGCCCGGCGUCCUGUGCGCCGUCGUCCUCGCUGGAUGUCGUUCGCAGCGACGGCGAACUCGUCCCGGAAGGGUUGUGUCUGGUUCGCCCGCAUCUCGAUGGCGUUUCCGAGCCGGGGGCGCCACUGCACGGCAGCUCGUCACUCAGGAGGGCGGCCCACGCCUCUCCGUCCUUUUCAUCGUCUCCGUCUUUGGAACCGCCACACGCCCGCACCAAGACCUUUCACGCCACGACGACAACAGCAACAACAACAACAACAACAACGGGUGCAGGUGCGUCAACAACAACGACAAGUGGCAGUGGCGUUUCAUCGUCCAGCACAUCACGUGGCGUGCAUCACCUGCGGGCAAACACGGUCGCACCAACGACAACAACAACAACAACAGCGGCAGCAGCGGCGGCAGCGAGGGCAUCAGCACGGCGACAGGGCCAUGCACACGCGUCGCAUGCGCACGUGCAUGGCGCCAGUGACCAACACCACACCACCACGCACAUGUACGACAACGCCGUCGCACAGGAGCGCGUGUAUUUGCAGCCAUCACGACCCCCGCCACCUCGCCCAACGCUGGUGACAGGUGUUGGCACCAUUGUAACCCCAGGCAGCGGCACAACAACCCAGCACAGCAGCACGCAGGGAACGCGCCCGCCUGUUGUGAGCGGCGACUACGCACUUGCGAACAACGUGACGAGUGGCGCCUGGUCCAUUGCAAGUGAUUCGUCGUUUGAUGCGGAAACAGCAGCAGCAUCAGCCACCACUACCAUGACAACAACAGCGGCAGCAAUGACAGCAGCAACAACAUCAAGAACGGCAGGGUGGGUGCCACGGUCCUACGUGGAACUGACGGAAUCAAACGCCAGGCGCCGGCGGCAAAACGCAUUUGACUCGGCAACAGAGGGAACGCCCCCAAUACCGCCGCCACGCCCAUCUGUGAGCAGAAUGCAGGAUGCGACUGCCACUACGACCGGCUCAAGUGCUUCUUCUGUGCUGUAUUAUGGUGAGAGGAAACACGGCGGUGGUGGUGGCGAUGACGGCGGAAGUGACGAUGUUGGUGGCGUGACUACAACAGCGCGCCCGCCUGAAGAAAAAGAAGAAGAGGAAGAUGCUGCUGAUGAUGACGAAGGGGACGACGGGAACAGGAUUGAAAGUGAUGAUCUUCGCGAUGGGUGUUCACAUUCGUCGACUGCAGCGAAAGCGCGACCGCCAGCGCGACCGCCCGUACCACGACCACGACCACGACCGGGCCGCACACAUACCAACACCAAGACAAGCAAUGCUGGUGAUGGUGUUGGCAAUGGCGAUGGUGGUGGUGGUGGUGGUACGAAUGGCCACAGUGUUGCGCUCAGGCGUGGUGGUGGUGGUGGUGGUGGUGGUGGUGGCAUUGGUGGACGCGUGAGAGGCGAGGCCUCGUUUUCGAGUGAGAGCUUGCGAACGUCCAAGCGGUAUGUCGCCAUCCUUGACCCGUCCUCCUCUGAUGAUGACGAUGAUGAUGACGGCGGCGUGGGUGAUGUGAACGGGUCGAGUGCUGGUGAUUAUGAUCGUGAUGAUGAUGAUCGUGAUGAUGCUGCUGAUGACGAUGAUGGUGGUGAGGGGAAGACACGUGGGAGUGCUGAUUCAGACGCAGCUCGCCUGCUGGAUGCGGUUGUAACGCGUGGGGACACACACGCCCGGCGACAACGACGACAGCAGCAGAGGACGAUGGUGGGUGAGGACGAGCACACGUCAUCGGAGUCGUGA